UGAAGCAACGCAACUUUAGUCUCUCCCCGCCCGGGGGGGUGAAGACUUCGGCUCCCGUCCUGUCCCCGUCCUGUCCGUCGGGGCACCAUGGCCGGCCGCCUGCCGGCCCUCCUGCUCUGCGCGGCGCUGGCGGCCCUGCUGCGCGCCGAGGGAGCCGUAUUUAUCAAGAAAGAAAAUGCAGACAAGUUCUUGGAAAGAACAAAACGUGCUAACUCCUUUUUGGAGGAAUUGAAGAAAGGGAAUAUUGAAAGAGAAUGCAAUGAGGAGCGUUGCUCAAAAGAAGAGGCAAGAGAAGCCUUUGAAGACCAAGAGAAAACUGAGGAAUUCUGGAGUAUCUAUGUAGAUGGAGAUCAGUGCAGCUCGAAUCCUUGUCACUAUGGUGGACAUUGUAAAGAUGGAAUCGGUUCUUACACUUGCUCAUGCUUGGAUGGUUAUCAAGGCAAAAACUGUGAAUUUGUCAUACCAAAGUACUGCAAGAUAAACAAUGGUGACUGUGAGCAGUUCUGCAGCAUCAAAAAAAGUGCACAGAAGGAUGUUGUGUGUUCUUGUGCGAAAGGGUAUGUUCUAGCAGAAGAUGGCAAAGGCUGUGUUUCAUCAGUAAAGUUUCCCUGUGGAAAAGUUUUUGUGAAAAUUAAAAAAAGGUCAGUUAUUUCACCUGCUGAUAGUAGCAUCAAAACUAGUGCUCAGGAUGUCUCUCCCCCAAAUGAAAUAAGCCUGGAAGAGGGUAUUGUUACUACCACAGAAAGCCCAACCCUCCAGCCUCGGAAUGAAACGAGUAUCAAGAAUCCAGAUGUGAUUACCAGGAUAGUUGGUGGUGAGGAGUGUCUGCCUGGUGAAUGUCCAUGGCAGGCUGUUCUCAUAAAUGAGAAAGGGGAAGAGUUUUGUGGUGGAACUAUUCUGAAUGAAAAUUUUGUACUUACUGCAGCUCACUGCAUGAACCAAUCUAAAGAAAUUAAAGUUGUUGUUGGUGAAGUGGACAGAGAAAAGGAAGAACAUUCUGAAACAAUGCAUAUGGUGGACAAAAUAUUUGUUCACUCUAAAUACGUUGCAGAAACUUAUGAUAAUGACAUAGCCAUAAUAAAGCUGAAGGAACCUAUAACGUUUUCUGAGUACGUUAUCCCAGCGUGCCUUCCUGAAGCAGACUUUGCUAAUGAAGUUCUGAUGAACCAAAAAUCUGGGAGGGUUAGCGGCUUCGGGCGUGAAUUUGAAGGUGGACGACUAUCCAAAAAGCUGAAAGUGCUUCAAGUCCCCUAUGUUGAUAGGAACACUUGCAAGCAAUCCACUAACUUUGAGAUAACAGAAAACAUGUUCUGUGCUGGUUACGAGACGGAGCAAAAAGAUGCUUGUCAAGGAGAUAGUGGAGGCCCCCAUGUAACCAAAUAUAAGGAUACUUACUUUAUUACUGGAAUUGUUAGCUGGGGAGAAGGAUGUGCAAGGAAAGGCAAAUAUGGUAUCUAUACCAAACUGUCCAGGUUCUUACGCUGGGUAAAAGGGGUCCUGAGACAAAAAAAUUAGUGGUGUGGUUGUUGAUCCUUCUGUUAGCUAACAAGGUGCAGGUGUACAAUCUAUAACAGAAAUUUUAUUCUUGUUUUAGCACAUCUACUAAGCUUUUUGAGAACUGCUUUUUUAAAGUUAUGGUGUUGCUUCUUCUCAUUCUAUUCCUGGCUUCCGGCAUGUGUAUGUGGACUGCCAGUGUAGCUUUGAGUUUGUACAGUGAGGAGCUUUCCCAAAACAAAAUGUUUGUUUGCUGGGAUCUUGUGUUUGCUUAUUCAUAUAUUUUUAUAUUGCUAUUUGGUUUCUGUCUGUUUGCCCAAGUGAUUCCACCAGGCAUUGCUUGGCAAAACAUGAGCCCCCACCAGUAAUAAUGAAAGCAGGAAGACCAGAACUUAAGUUACUCUUCAAAUUGCACCCAGCUGGUUCAGUAGGGAGUUGGUGUUUAUUGGAGCUGUUUAGCUUCUGUCUGUUGAUGUGUUUAGAAAAUUAAGAGUGCAGAGAAGCUUCUGUGGCAAGAGCUGAACCACAGGUAAGUAUUCAGCAUGUGAUGCUAAAUAACCAAAUAUGUUCCACAGAAAUACCCAGCAAGGUCACUGGUGCUAAUUAAAAUAUUGUUUCCCUUUAUGUGGGUUGUACUUCACUUUAGUUUACUUUGAACACUUAUGUUUUGCUUCUUCAGAAAAAAUGUGCAUAUCCACUGUUCCCUGUAUCAUGUUCUUCAUUGUUUAUGGCUGAGGACUGGAGAGCUCAUUGCACAUAUAGUUGGUCUAUGUGUUCCUGUAAGGUGCAAUAUUGAUGUACAUCAGCAUUUGAAAUAAAACAAUUUCUUUUUA